CUCUACUGAGCAUGCGUCAGAAAUGCUAACGUCUCUAGUUAGCAUACAUAGCUAUAGCUGGCGUUGGUAACUGAAACCUGUCGUUUGUUUGGCAGUGAUUUCGCUUUAAUGUAGUGUAACUGUGAGUGUCGGGACGGCUGCGACGCCUCGAUGAUUUAACAGACACAUUUAAAAGAAGCUAACACUGUUAGCCCAACGGCCGUUAGCUUUUCGUUGUUGUUGUUGUUGUUGAUGAUGAUGAGGCUCAUUUAGCUCCAGUUUAGCUACAAGCUAGCAGCUACCGCUGUGUGUAUGUGUGUGUCCCAGGAUGAUAAAGUUCGUGCUGAUGGUGAACCGGCAGGGUCAGACCCGGUUGUCCCGGUACUACGAGCCGGUGGAGCUGAGCCGCCGGGCGCCGCUGGAGGCCGACGUGGUCCGCUGCUGCCUGAGCCGCAAGAAAGACCAGUGUUCCUUUGUGGAGUAUAAGGACUUCAAGCUGGUGUACCGGCAGUACGCCGCGCUCUACAUCGUGGUCGGAGUCUCCGACAGCGAGAACGAGCUGUCUGUCUUCGAGCUGGUUCAUAACUUCGUGGAGGUUUUGGAUAAAUAUUUCAGCCGUGUGAGUGAACUGGACAUCAUGUUCAGCGUGGACCGGGUCCACAUCAUCCUGGACGAGAUGAUCCAGAGACAGGGGUGGUGGGGAACCCGCGAGCAGCGAUCCUGGAGCGCCUUCGCCCGCCCGACAAGAUGGCCGGCGAGCUGGAGUCCGCUCGCGGCCCGAGGGCGGCUAUCGUCAGAGACAACGGAGACGCCACGGCCGGCCAUCGGGGCCACCGGCGCCUUUAGCUGCUCGUAUUUGGAGGCAGUCAGUCAGUCGGUCGGUCAGGUGGUCAGUCGGCUGGCUCCGAUUGGCCGUCUGAUCUGUCAGUCACGGCGGGCGGCGGGCGAGCGAGUCGGGCUUGAGGAGCAUGCUCAGUGA